AUGGGAAAAGUUCACGGUUCAUUAGCAAGAGCAGGAAAAGUUAAAAAUCAAACACCUAAAGUUCCUAAACAAGAUAAAAGAAAACCUUUAACUGGUAGGGCAAAAAAAAGACAAUUAUAUAAUAGAAGAUUCUCAGAUAGUAUAGGAAGAAAAAAAGGGCCUAAUUCACAAUUAUAA